CAGCGAGCGGCCAUUUUGUGAGUGUACUCUCAAUUGGGAUAUUUGUGUAGUUGAGGGACUGCCGGAUUAAAAUUGAAUGAUUUAAAUUUAUCGAUAGCCUCCAAAAAAAAAAAAAAAAAAAACUACAAGUACCGAAUUACAUGUGCUUAGUGUUAAAUUUAUAUUAUUAGCUAAUAAUUUAACAGAUUCAUAAAAUGGAGGAAAAAGCAUCCCUCAAAGAACUUGACCAGUGGAUAGAACAGUUGAAUGACUGCAAACAACUGACAGAAAGCCAAGUGAAAACUCUCUGUGACAAGGCGAAAGAAAUUUUAGCCAAGGAAUCGAAUGUACAAGAAGUGAAAUGUCCAGUAACAGUUUGCGGAGAUGUUCAUGGACAGUUUCACGAUUUAAUGGAACUCUUUCGAAUAGGUGGCAAAUCUCCUGACACAAAUUAUUUAUUUAUGGGAGAUUAUGUAGAUCGUGGUUAUUAUUCGGUUGAAACUGUGACACUUCUUGUAGCUCUUAAGGUGAGAUAUCGCGAGAGAAUAACGAUUUUACGUGGGAAUCAUGAGUCAAGACAAAUCACACAAGUUUAUGGAUUUUAUGAUGAAUGUUUACGAAAGUAUGGCAAUGCAAAUGUAUGGAAAUUCUUCACGGAUCUUUUUGAUUAUCUGCCAUUGACGGCCUUGGUGGAUGGACAAAUCUUCUGCUUACAUGGUGGUCUUUCGCCCUCGAUCGACACGCUGGAUCACAUUCGUGCAUUAGAUCGUCUUCAAGAAGUUCCUCACGAGGGUCCUAUGUGCGAUCUAUUGUGGUCAGAUCCCGAUGACAGAGGAGGAUGGGGUAUUUCUCCACGUGGAGCGGGUUACACAUUCGGUCAGGAUAUUUCUGAAACGUUUAAUCAUUCGAAUGGCUUAACACUCGUUUCACGAGCGCAUCAAUUGGUUAUGGAGGGUUAUAAUUGGUGUCACGAUCGAAACGUUGUAACUAUAUUCUCCGCUCCCAAUUAUUGUUAUCGCUGUGGUAAUCAAGCUGCAAUUAUGGAACUAGAUGAUGCAUUGAAAUAUUCAUUCUUGCAGUUUGAUCCAGCACCAAGACGUGGUGAACCACACGUGACGAGAAGGACGCCCGAUUACUUCAUGUAAAAUGAUCGAAAAUGGCAGUCGAUGAUAAUUUUUUUUGAGGAUCGGAUAUUAGAAAGGAUCCUAUAUAUUAUCCUGGACAAUUGGUAGAAAUUAUAGAUGGUCCUUUUAAAGAUUCAUUUGCAUAUUACAGUCAUCCGAAUCCAAUGAAAACUUACAAUGUUUUUGUAUUCAUUCCAAAGGAAGAAAAAAAUGGAAAACUCAAUUUUAACAAUCAAGAAUUAUCAAUUGAUUAUAUUAAACCAGCUCCACAUUAUGAAAGUAUAGACAUUUUUAA